UUAUUACAAAAAAUGAAGAAGCAGCAUUACUAAAUGUUAGGAAUGCUAUUUGGAGGAUCUUUGAGGCUGAAAAGUUUCUGCUUUUAAAAUAUAACACUUUCGCGUCUGAAAUUGUGAGGUGGAAAAGAAGUAAUAAG